GCGGGGUGGGCGGGUCGCUCCGCGCGGGGCCGGGGCAGCGGCAGCGCUCCCGCGGCGGGUGCGUGGAUGGCCCUGCGCGGCCCGCGAUGGCUGCGCGCUGAUGGCCCAGCCCGCGCCGCUCGCCAUGGCUGCCAGAGACGAGCUGUACAGCAAAGUCAUCCCCCGGCGGAACCGCCAGCACCGCGCCGGGACCAUCAAACACGGCUCCUCGCUCGAGAUCCUGCUCUCCAUGGGCUUCCCGAAAGCACGGGCACAAAAAGCACUGGCAUCGACAGGUGGAAGAAGUGUUCAAGCAGCAUGCGACUGGCUCUUCUCCCACGUGGGUGACCCGUUCCUGGACGACCCCCUGCCCCGGGAGUACGUCCUGUACCUGCGCCCCACGGGCCCCCUGGCUCAGAAGCUCUCUGACUUCUGGCAGCAGUCGAAGCAGAUCUGUGGGAAGAACAAAGCUCACAACAUUUUCCCACAUAUCACCCUGUGCCAGUUCUUCAUGUGUGAGGACAGCAAGGUGGAUGCUCUCACAGAAGCCCUGCAGGCCACCGUGAUGCGCUGGAAAUGCAAAUUCCCUGCCCCCCUGCCCCUGGAGCUCUACACAUCCUCCAACUUCAUCGGGCUUUUCGUCAAGGAGGAGAGUGCUGAGGUGCUCAAGAAGUUUGCUGCAGACUUUGCUGCGGAGGCGGCUUCGAAGGCAGAUGUUCACGUGGAGCCCCACAAGAAGCAGCUCCACGUGACACUGGCCUAUCACUUCCAGAGCAGCCACCUGCCCACGCUGGAGAAGCUGGCCCAGAACAUUGAUGUCAAGCUGGGCUGUGACUGGGUGGCCGCGAUCUUCUCCCGAGACAUUCGCUUCGUCAACCACGAGACUCUGCAGGUGAUCUACCCCUACACCCCCCAGAACGACGAUGAACUGGAGCUGGUCCCGGGGGAUUUCAUCUUCAUGUCCCCAGUGGAACAAACCAGCACAAGUGAGGGCUGGAUUUACGGCAUUUCCCUUGCAACCGGCUGCUCGGGGCUGCUGCCCGAGAACUACAUCACCAAGGCAGACGAAUGUGGCACCUGGGUGUUCCAUGGGUCCUACUCAAUCCUGAAUACUACAUCCUCCCCAUCCCUUCAAGGCUUCACUGAUGGAGCUCUGGAGAGAAGACAGCAGGAAGACCAAGGACCUGGGGAUGCAGGGCCACUCACCAUCAUCUGCCAGAACGUGCAGCCCCUGAGGAUAACCAGCCAGCCAGGGCCUCAGAAACGCUGCCUGUUUGUCUGCAGGCACGGGGAAAGGAUGGAUGUGGUUUUUGGGAAGUACUGGUUGUCCCAGUGUUUCGAUGCCAAAGGAAGGUACAUGCGCAGCAACCUGAACAUGCCUCACAAUUUACCUCAGAGAAGUGGUGGGUUCAGGGAUUACGAGAAGGACGCUCCCAUCACCGUGCUGGGCUGCACGCAGGCCAGGCUGGUUGGUGAAGCCUUGCUAGAAACUAAUACCAUUGUAGACUACAUCUACAGCUCCCCAUCCCUGAGGUGUGUGCAGACAGCACACAACAUCCUGAAAGGUAUGCAACAGGAGAACAACCUGAAAAUCCGGAUAGAGCCAGGCUUGUUCGAGUGGACCAAGUGGGUCUCUGGGAACACACUACCUGCCUGGAUCCCCCCUGUGGAUUUAGCUGCAGCUACUCUAAGCGUUGAUACAACCUACAGACCUCAUAUUCCUGUCAGCAAGUUGGUGGUUUCUGAAUCUUAUGACACCUACAUAAGCAGAAGCUACCAAGUAACAAAGGAAAUCAUCAGUGAAUGUAAAGGCAAAGGAAAUAACAUCCUGAUAGUGGCCCAUGCAUCCUCCCUGGAGGCCUGUACCUGCCAGCUCCAAGGGCUGUCCCCACAGAACUCCAAGGACUUCGUGCAGAUGGUCCGAAAGAUUCCAUACCUGGGGUUUUGCUCCUGUGAAGAACUGGGAGACACGGGUGUUUGGCAGCUCACAGACCCCCCCAUCCUCCCUCUCACACAUGGACCAACUGGAGGCUUUAACUGGAGAGAAACCUUACUGCAGGAAUAGGCAAAGCCACCCCAGCCAGGAAAACCCAACCCAUGGCCUUUGGAAGCGUUGGAGAAUGUCUCUUCUCUCUUGUGUUUUAUUGACAGUGGAAAAACAGUCAUCCCAUGCCCAGGGGGUCACCCAAGCAGCUGUCCUGGUGUAUCUCACACAGCCACAGUCACGCAAAGAGUCUCACCUACGACUAAAAUACAGAAAGGGACUGAUUUCAGGGGGAAAAAAUAUAUUAAAAUACAGGUUUGAAGGUCUUGCACAGCACAGAGUCUGUGCUGAGCCACGUUCCCACCUCAGAGGGAGCCCUGGUGACACUUUCACUGCCAUCUGCACCCCGUUAGGAACACCCAGCACUGUGUCACUGGAGCAUUCAGGAGGCUGGGGCUGGUUUUUUUCCACUACUAUUUUUGCAGAGCAUUAGCAGGCUCCUCCAGCCCCACGUGUGAGCAGGGGCUGCGCUCACAGCCCCCAAAUUCUCAGCACCUUUUCAUCACCCCCAGCUGCAAAGGAGGGUCCAGCAGCAGGUUGUUCCUCUCCUGUGUCUGAGCACUGUGGUGGGUGUUGUGCUGGAUGCAGAGGUUGAGGGAUGUUGACCUGCACCACAGGACAAUCCCGAAUUUCCCAUCAGUUACAGGUGAAGUUUGAGCAUCAAAAGUUGUUGUGAACAAAGACUGGGAGCAGUUUCUUUUAAGGGGAGAUAAAAUAAACCUAUUUCAACCAAACCUGGAGGAUUUACAAAGUUCAGGGUUGGGUGUUUUUUUCCCUUUACUUUGGUUAUUGAAACCCAUCCCUGUGCACAGACACAGCCUAAAGCAUCUGUGCCAUUUCAAUUCCCUUCAGAAAAGGGGUUUCCCUUUUCUACUGAGAUUUUGUACUGGUCAUUCACACAGGGGUGGCUUUCUGUCCCCUGGAAGCUAUUUUUUUUUUUUUUUGCCAGCCCUGGUGAGAUUCUGCAGUAAGCAGCUCUCUCCAGGAGGGAAUGAUGAAACUCAAAAAGAUGCUGGAAUUCAGUGCUUUGCUUCCUUAUCCUUAAUUCCCAAGUGCCAUCUGUCAUAAAGACAAAGCAGCUGAAAAAAAAAUAAACCCAGUACACUUAAAUUUAGGAGCAACAUGCUUUGGCCUAUGAAGAUGCUAUUUAUCCAGUGGGGGAAGGGUUAGGAUUUUGGGAGAAGGGGAAGAGGAGAGUUUCCAUCUUUAACUAAAAUCUUUGGAAUCACAAGAGGAGUCCUCCUGGUGCAAGGGCCUGCAGGAUGCCAGUGCCAGCUGUGUCACAGGAGAAGCAAAAUACACCACAGUGGGUAGUUUAGAGAAUAAAGUGGCAUCAGAGCGGGGGGUUGUUGGAUUAGAAUUAUCUAAAUCAUCAGCCUUGGAUGAAAAUGUUGCUGCAGACACUUGUAUGGAUCUCAUCACUGUCAGAAGGUACUUAAAAAUGUGUUGAAGUGGGAUGAUAGAGAUUUAGGCUAUUUAGGCAUAGCCCUGUCUUGGUUUGAGCCAUAAAUCUGAGUAUUCCCAGAAACAGAAUCAUCCCAGAAUGGUUUGGGUUGGAAGGGACCUUAAAGCUCAUCUCAUUCCACCCCCCUGCCAUGGGCAGAGACACCUUCCACUGGACCAACAUCCAGCCUGGCCUUGGACACUCCCAGGGACGGGGCAUCAACAAUUUCACUGGGCAACAAAGGGUAAAAACAAGGUAACAAUAAAAAAAAUAGCAUCAAAGGCACAUUCAGAUGUACCAGGGAGACAUUCCAGCAUCCUUCUGUCCUGCUUUUCCUCUGCAGAAAGUGUCAGAGCCCUCAUUUGAAAUGUGUGAACGGCACAUGGGUCAAUUUGAUGUAGGUUUAAUAUUCCUAGCUCAGAGUUGCCUUCGUGUUGAUUUAUUUUAAGCCAUCCAGCCUUCAGCAGGACUGGUCCCACCUCCACCAGGACACACCCAAGCUGCCUUUCCAGCAGCCAGAACGAAGCAGGAGUCACAAACUGCAAUUCCCUUUUCCUAAAUGAGGCAAAACCGGGAUGCACCAGACUCAGAUGUCACCAGACUCAGACAAGCUCAGCUUGUCUCUGGGUUUAAUUGAGCUUGACCACCAGAUUCUGUACCUAUUUCCAGCCAGCACAGAGCUCAUCCUGUGCAAAAUCCUGUCCACUGUCACCACCCACAGGAAUAUUCUGGGAUUUGGACCUUUCUGCCCGUGUAACACACCCUGGGCCACUUGUAAGUGCAUUAUUAUCCCAGGGAUGUAACUGCAAAGUCAGGGAGAUAAUUCAUGGGAUGACAGAGCAAACUGCUCCUGGGCAGGUUUAUCACUGUCAGGUUUAAUUUUUAAUUGUAAUUUAAACUGGUUUGGGCUGUGCAAAGACAUCCUGAAGAGCAUUUCUGGCUUGUUUUCCUCCACGCUUAAAAACUAAGUAGUUGACAAUCACACCAAAAGAAAUUUGGUUCCUGAUGUGGAAUUCUCCAGAUUGCUUUUUGUUUCAUGCUGGGGGCCAGCCAGAUGUAAUUUGGGCAAUAAAUAGUAGUAUAUUAUAAUAUCUAUUGCCUGUACAAAGCAGUGGAGGCAAUAAAAUCAUUAUAUUAUAGUAUUUAUUGCCUGUACAAAGCAGUGGAGGCUGCUCAGGCCCUGCUGCAGUUAAGUGACAUUAAAAGAAGUGGUUUUUUUUUUUAAGCAGAAGCAUGAAACAGAGAGGGAACAAAACCUGAGUGCACAAUUUGAAUAGUGUACAAGCUGCUCUUUGCAUAUAGUGAUAUAGAAGAAUGUUCUGUUGGAGAAGGUAGUGGUAAAAUACUCUCUUCUUAAAGAAAAAAAAAAAGUAUAUUUUUUGAUGUUUGGGAAAGUAUUUUGACAAUUGUAGUCUUGUCUCGAACUAGGUGUCAAGAAAGAAAGAAAAAAAUCUUAUUUUCUUCUAGCAUUUUGAUUUCUCUUUGGGGUUUUGUGUUGUCUUAUGUUGGUAAGGUUUAUUUAGGGGGGCGGGGAAAGAAUAAAAAUGUGUUCCUUUUAAAUUUUUAAUUGAGAAAUUAAGGGUACAAAACAAUUGCUGCUUCACUUUCACUCCAUUGCUGCUCAUUAGUGUGUGUUUAAGUCACUCCAGGGUUUUGUCCUAAAUUUAGACUUGAUCUAUGUCAAGUCUUUCCCUUGCCUUCACUUUGAGCUGCAUCAGAUCCCAACAGUCUCAUCAGGUUGAAGGCAAAUAGUUCCCAGAUUUUUCCCUAAUUAAGGAAUAAAGCUGCCAAGAAUAAAUUGUUAAUCCAGUAUUUUUGUUAAUUGCAGCUCAUGGGUUGGGUUAGAAAAAUAAAAGAGUCAAAUUGACGCUGUCAACUGAAAUCACAGAGCUUUGCUUUUUUUAUGCAAAAUGAGGAUCCAGAC